CGAAGAGCGUCUGCAUGAACGGACCCACACACUCAAGCAGACGAAACGAAGUUCGAAGUUGAAGUGAACCAUAAAAUCAACAAAGAAUCAAGGAAAUAACUCUCAGGGAGCGUAAAGAGUUGGUAGGACAACGGUAUUGAAUAUGCAGCUUUCGGCACACAGCCGAAUCCUCUCCUCGACGGGGCAUUUCGCGAACAGGAGCCGGGCCCUUGUGUCGUCUGCUAGCGGAGCUAGCGGACGCGCGACCAAACAAGCAUGGAACAUCGUGACAUCCGUGACAAUUCAAACGUCUGCCUUCCAUAGUGCCAGGGUGGCCAGCCUGCCCAACCUGCAGUCCCGCAUCAAGGAGUACACCAAGUACUACGUUGGCCCACACCGCCAGCUCCCCAGUAGAGGCUAUUCCUUCAUCCACGAUGUCAGCUACAUGGUGUCCAAGGACUCGGACGAGAUGCGGUCCAAGGCCGCCGAGGACGUCCUCUUCGACAUGUUCAAGAAUGAAGACAACGACCUGCUGCCGAUCGGCAAAUUCCUGGCCGCGCUCCGGCAGACCGGCCUCCGCAAGAACGACCCGCGGCUCUCCGAGCUCAGCGAGAACCUCCGCGCGCUGCACCACAAGUCUGGCUACGAAGGCGGCUCGCCCGAAACGCAGAAGUUGGACCGGGAGACGUUCCGGAGAGUGAUCCAGGCCAACAUGAUCCUCAUCUCGAGGGCCUUCCGCCACCAGUUCGUCAUCCCGGACUUCCCCAGCUUCACCAAGUACAUCGAGGAGUUCUACUGGCGGUGCAAGGCCAACACGGAGGGCAAGGUUGCGAGCUACAUCCCCCAGCUGUCGCGCAUGAACCCCGACUACUGGGGCGUGAGCGUGUGCACCAUCGACGGGCAAAGGUUCUCCAUCGGUGACGUCACCGUGCCCUUCACCCUCCAGUCCUGCAGCAAACCCUUGAACUACGCCAUUGCCCUGGACAAACUGGGCCCCGACGUGGUGCAUUCCUAUGUAGGGCAGGAACCUAGUGGCCGCAAUUUCAACGAACUGAUUCUUGAUUAUAAUAAGCGUCCUCACAACCCGAUGAUAAAUGCUGGGGCCAUUUUGGUCUGUUCUCUUCUGAAAACUCUCGUCAAACCAGAAAUGACAUUGGCAGAGAAAUUUGAUUACACUAUGAAUUAUUUCAAGCGGUUGGCAGGUGGCGAACCCAUUGGAUUCAACAAUGCAGUUUUCUUAUCAGAAAGGGAGGCUGCUGACCGUAAUUAUGCCCUUGGCUUCUACAUGAGGGAGCACAAAUGUUAUCCAGAAAAAACAAUUUUACGAGAUUGUAUGGAUUUCUAUUUCCAGUGCUGUUCUAUGGAAGCUGACUGUGAGAGUAUGGCUGUGAUGGCUGCGACUCUUGCAAACGGUGGCAUCUGUCCAACAACUGAGGAAAAGGUUUUGAAGUCAGAUUCUGUUCGUGAUGUUUUGUCUCUCAUGCACUCAUGUGGAAUGUAUGAUUACUCUGGACAGUUUGCUUUCAAGGUGGGUCUUCCAGCAAAAUCUGGUGUUUGUGGAGGAAUGUUGGUUGUGAUCCCCAAUGUAAUGGGAAUAUUCACAUGGUCGCCUCCUCUGGAUCCCCUCGGCAACAGCUGUCGAGGAGUUCAAUUCUGUGAGGAACUUGUUCGAGAGUUCAACUUCCAUCGUUAUGACAAUUUGAAGCAUGCAGCAAACAAGCGAGAUCCUAGGCGUCAUAAGUAUGAAACUAAAGGUUUAAGUAUUGUCAACCUACUUUUCUCAGCUGCUAGUGGAGAUUUGGCAGCUCUUAGAAGGCACAGACUCUCUGGUAUGGACAUGACUUUGUCCGAUUAUGACGGUCGGACAGCGCUGCACCUUGCUGCUGCUGAGGGUCACCGAAAAUGUGUUGAAUUUCUGUUGGAACACUGCGGUGUUCCAUUGCGCCCCAAAGAUAGAUGGGGCCACUACCCAAUUGAUGAAGCGCAAACCUUUGGACACACGCAAGUUGUAGAGUAUAUGAAGAAGUACGAGGAUGAUUUGGAAGCUCAACAGAAGAUCCAGCGUGAAGAGGAAGAGAAGAAAAACAAUAAGGAAAAGGCACAAACAUCUACUUUACCCAUCUAAAUGAAGUGCUUGAAUGUAUUUUUCAACUUCCAGUCAUAAUUUUGGUUUUUGCUGUGCAGAAACACUGUGCCUUUUUUUCCUCCAUCAAGUUUUAAGUUUUUGAAAUGUACAAUUAAUGUAUUGGUGGAAACAAAAACACCACAAUUCGCCACUGCGAGAUUUUUUUUUGUUUGACCAGGGUCAAUGUUGUAUACAAUGAUUAUUUAUUGCAAUAAUGUCUAGUAAUUUAUUUUGGAGGCCUCUUUUAAUCUUCUUGAGCAAAACACUAUGGAUUUUGCAAAUUUUAAUCUAUCAGAAGCGUUGUCUGAUAGCAUAGUUAUGUUUUCCCCUUACUUAAGUCUCACUUGGCUGUGAAAGACAUUGUGUUGAUUUGACUGUCUCAUUUCAUCCACAUGAAGAUUACACUUAUUAAGAAAUCUUAAUUUUGUGAGAUGCAAUGUGUUAAAAUUUAUUUGCCCUUUGUUGGUGCGAAUAAGACCUAUGUUUUGUUUUGUAUUUACGAGCUGUGUGAGGUUGAGCAAGAGGGGUGGCUUUAUUUUGAAGCCUUUGCAAAUUGACUUGUUGUAUUAAAACCAAAGUGAUUGUAAAACUGAUUUUAAUUUAAUAUAGAGAAUUGUUGCCUUUUUAUUGUUAUUUGUUGGUGCUUCAAAUAGUCAAUUUUUAUGUGAUAUUCUUUGUGAACCAACUGUUGUCACUGUAAAUGCCUGAUACCACCUCAUGGUAUCAUGAGGAGAGGACUCUUUGGGCAAAGACUGCUGUUGGAGUCUUGGAAAAUUUUACCAUUGUUGUCUUUCCCUUUUUGCAGCUACUUAAUUUUAUUUCUAGUCUCAAUACUUCAUGUGAUACUCUUUUCUGUUGGUUAUUUAUUGUUUUAGUUUAGUAUUGACUUUGAAAGUUAAUCAUUUAGUUGUUAUCAAAGAGGAAAUAGAGAUACAUUCCAUUCCAAUAUUUUACCUGAAGUUUGGGGGAAAACCAUCCAUUUGGCUUAAGAGGGCUGGAAAAUUGUCGUUUUCAAAUAUGAAUUUGAAUUACUUAUUGUAUUUUAUAAAACUAACUUGUGCGCAAUUGUGCUGCAAGUAUCCUAUUGAAUGAAAUGUAUUAAGUAUGAGGUUUCUGGUGAGAAACACCAGCCAAUAUCCUUCCAGUAUUAGCAUGUAAAACACAGCUGUGUACUUACCAAUAACAUUGAAAGCAGGACCUUUUACAACUAUUUUUAAAGGACUUCUUUGAGAUGUGAGUGCAAUAAUUUUUUGAUUCAUUGUUACUCAGAUGACUGAAUUCAGUAUGGAAGAAAAUUUUCAAUUUUCCAGAUGCAAAAUCAGUGAAGAAACGUUGUAAAAAUUUCUUCUUUAGUGCAAACAAGGGAUCCAGAUUUCCUCAGAGCAUUGCUUUUAUGAAUAUUUUUAAAACUUCUCAUUAGUGCUGUGUUGUUUUGGUCAAUUAUUAAGAGUUGGCUUGAAGUUCCUUUUCUGUGUUGUUUGAACAAAAAUGUACAUAUCUUCUGUUUGCUGAUCAUUAUCAUGUGUAUUCAUCACUUAAAUUCAAAUUAUAUGAAUGUCUUUGACUUAGUUAUAAAUUUCUAAUACCUAUGUGCUUUAGUGUGCUUCUUGUUCUAUCUCAUACUAAUUGGAUGGAAAAAUAUUUCAGUUUGCUACACGCUUUAAGGUAUCUCAUUGGUCAUCUGUAUGUUGUUAACAAUUUUUGUGAUUAUUAUCACUUCUAGGAGAGUACAAAGAAUGUUUGCUUUUGUUCAUAAUGGUUUUGGUCUUUGAGAAAUUAUCAGAGAUUAUCAUCCUCCUUAUCUCAUGUUUGUUUGCCCUGGUUGAUUGUACAUCACCAUGAGCUACUAUCAUAGCAAUUAAUUCAGUCAAUUAAAUGUUAAGGAAGCGGCUCCUUAGCCCAAGAUUGUCUGAUAUAUAAAAGUUAAUUCUUUGUGUCCAUCCUUCCUUAUAUGUAUUAAGAAAUACAUGGAUGUUUUAAAGUUACUUCUUGUCAGACUAGAUUCUGGCAUGGAUUGAUAUCUUUAGUGAUUGAAAGACAAUAAGCUGGUAAAUCCAUAAUAAUUCAUAAAUAUACAAUAAGGAUUUACCAGCGGUAUCGUUCGAUUGUGCUAUUUUAAGUGGUUGUAUUUAUACUAUUACACUGUGAAGCAUUCUAUGAUUGCGAAGGGAGUCAACUUUUUCAUGUACUGUAUGUUCACUGAAUGUUCCUUAAACCAUACUGAAAUAUAUCAUUGUAAAAAUUC